AUGCGGCAGGCCUUUGUACAGACUACGUGUCGUCGUCGUUUUCUCUCUACCAUGCCAAUUGACCCUCGAUUAUCAGAUCCAAGUGUCGUUCGGGACACUUUCAUCAACUUCUUCGUGGAGAAGAAGGGAGCCACUUUCCUCAAGUCCAGCCCAGUGGUCCCCCAUAAUGACCCUACCUUGCUUUUCAUCAAUGCUGGUAUGAACCAGUUCAAGCCUAUCUUCCUGGGCCAGCUGGAUAAGGACCAUCCCUUCUACGGCGUUAAGCGUGCCACCAACACUCAGAAGUGCAUUAGAGCUGGUGGCAAGCACAAUGAUCUCGAGGACGUCGGCAAGGAUACAUAUCAUCAUACGUUCUUCGAGAUGCUCGGUAAUUGGUCCUUUGGUGACUUCUUCAAGGCUGAGCAGAUCCCUUGGGCGUGGGAGCUCCUCACUGAAGUUUUCGGCCUCGACCCUGCUCGUCUAUACGCUACCUACUAUGGUGGUGACCCCAAGGAACCCGAGGUUCCGGCUGACGAUGAGGCCCGUGAUCUCUGGCUGAAGUUUUUGCCCCCGGAUCACGUUAUCCCCUUCGGUAUGAAAGAGAACUUCUGGGAGAUGGGCGACACCGGUCCAUGCGGUCCCUGCAGCGAAAUCCACUACGACAAUGUUGGUGGCCGAGACGCCUCUGCCUUAGUGAAUAUGGACGAUCCCACUGUCAUCGAGAUCUGGAAUUUGGUGUUCAUGCAGUACAACCGUGAGAAUGAUGGUUCCCUUACAAGAUUGCCUCAUCCCUGCGUGGAUACUGGCAUGGGGUUCGAGCGUAUUUGUGCUGCUCUUACUGGCAAAACGUCGAACUACGACACUGAUGUUUUCAAACCGAUCUUUGCUGCUAUCCAGGAGCAGAUCCCCGGUCUUCGGUCCUACACAGGCGAAUUGACCGAUAACAUCGAUGUUGGUUACCGUGUGGUUGCUGAUCAUAUCCGAACUCUCACUGUGGCCCUGAGUGAUGGUGCGGUCCCUUCGAAUGAGGGCCGUGGCUAUGUUCUACGUCGUAUCCUUCGCAGAGCUGUCCGGUACGGCACUGAGAAGUUGAAUGCCCCUGCUGGCUUCUUCAACAAGCUUGUGCCUGCUGUGGUGGAAUCCCUAGGCGAGGCUUUCCCUGAGAUCGUCGCCAAUCAGGCCGAUGUCCAGGCCCUCAUUGCUGACGAGGAGGAGCAGUUUGCCCGUACCUUGGAGCGUGGCAUUAGAGAGUUCAACUCAAGAGCUUCCAAGACUGAGGGCAAGGUUUUGUCUGGUCGUGACGCCUUUGAGCUUUUUACCACCUUUGGGUUCCCCUGUGAUCUUACUCAAGUCAUGGCACAAGAACGCGGUAUGACCGUAGACGUCCAGAGCUUCGAGGAGGAGUUCGAGGCAUUCAGACAGAAAUCGAAGGAGUCCAACAAUUUCACCAUGGGAAGCAACCUACAGCUGUUUGCGGAUCAGACUAACUAUCUCGAGAACGAGUUGAAGGUGCCCAAGACUGACGAGACUUGCAAAUACGCAUGGGACUCUGCUAAGGGUGAAGGCGGUCAGUGGUCCUCUCAGCUCUGUGCUAUCUGGGACGGCAAGAAGUGGCUAGAUACCAUUGAUGUCAAGUCGGGGUACGCUCAGAAGACUAUUGGCCUUGUGCUAUCGGUAACGCCCUUCUAUGCAGAGCAGGGUGGCCAGAUAUUCGAUGUUGGCACUAUUGUUGACCCUCUCACUGGUGCUAGGUUCGAUGUAAAGAACACUCAGAAGUUCGGCCAGUACGUGCUCCACAUUGGUAGUAUGGAUAGUGCUGUCGAUGCGGCUUUGAAGGUCGGCUCUGAGGUCAGAGCUAGUGUGGAUUAUCAGCGACGGGCCCUUAUCGCCAAGAACCAUACUGCUACGCAUAUCCUUAAUUUCGCCUUAAGACAAGUGUUGGGAGAUAAGUGUGACCAGCGUGGCUCUUUAGUGGAUCCCAGUCGCCUGAGGUUUGAUUUCGCCCAGAAUAAGCCCAUCACUAACGAGCAGUUGAAGGAAAUCGAACAGAUCUGCAAUCAGCAGAUCCAGAAGCACCUUAAUGUCUUCGCCAAUGAUGUCCAACUCGCCAAGGCUAAGGAUAUCCGUGGCCUCAGGGCUGUCUUUGGCGAGACCUACCCCGAUCCCGUCAGAGUAGUCAGUGUUGGUGAGGCGAUAGAUACCUUGUUGAAGGAGACUGAGGUUGACUUUGGUCAUGAGUUCUCCAUCGAGUUCUGUGGUGGUACUCAUGUUGGUAACUCCCAGGAAAUCUUCAAGUUCGUCAUCACUGCCGAGGAGGGCAUCGCUAAGGGUAUCCGUCGUAUAGUCGCUGCUACUGGGCCCCAGGCUGCCGUUGAGGCCUCUAUCAAGACUACUGAUCUUAUGGAGGAACUCAACAGUGCGAAGGCCCUCAAGGGUGAGGUAUUGGACCAUGCCAUUGCCCAGCUCAGAAACAAACUCAAUGAGGAGAAGGAGGUCUCUCUGACUGCCAAGAAGGAUAUGUUAUGUCUUCUGGACGAUCUGAAGACACAACAGAUCAAGGAGGAGAAGAAGAAGGCCAAGGAGGUCCAGAAGCAGGCUGCAAAAAUCGGCGAGCAAUUGGCUGAGAGCAUCGGGGCUAGUGAGGGCAAGUUCCUCAUCACGCAGUGUGAUGAGCUAUUGGCUGAUGCUAAGGCUAUGCAGAAUGCAGUGGACUCCAUAGCCAAGAAGCUCCCUGAGUUGCCCGUGUGCAUCGUCUCCGCCUCGAGCUCUAAGCUAGCCGUACUCAUAACGGUCCCUAAGAGCAUGUCCAAGAAGGUCAGUGCUAAGGAAUGGCUAAAUGUUUGCUUGGAGACCUGUGGUGGUAAGGGAGGUGGAAGUCCCAUGAAGGCUCAGGGCCAAUCCCAGGAGCCAUCCAAGGUUGCCGAAACUAUCGAGGUCUCAAAGCAGUGGGCUGAGAAGCAUUUCGAGUAGAAUAUCUGGGCUCGUGAUCCUAUUACGUUCGAGGUCAUUGGUCGUUCAGUAUUAUACUCUCAUCGUUCAACCUAGCGAUAGUGUUCCUAUGUUCUGUAAUGUUAAUGUACUCGA